AUGAGUCGCGCCACAAGCAGUCGCCAUAGUCGCUCUGCGAAUUCAGCUACGAGUAAUCACCGUAGUCGCUCCACAAAUCGUGCCGCGAGCAGUAGACGACAAGAAGAGCAAUCAGGUCCUAGUGAGAGUAGACUUGAUCGAAUAGAACGGAUCUUAGAGGGCGUGCUGACACAUGUAACAAGGAACGAGCCACCAAGGCACACCCCCCAUAUGCUGGAUCAGUAUCGCCGGCAAAGACCCCCGGUGUUUAGAGGAAAAGCGGGAGAUGACCCCAGUGCAGCCGAGUACUGGAUAGAGCAAACUGAGAAGCUGCUCCAACAUCUGCAGUGCAGUGACGAAGAGAAGGUUAAUUGCGCCACCUUCAUGCUAGAGGAAGAGGCUGCACGAUGGUGGCAAUCAGCCCAACGAGCCCUACAAAGGACACCCAGGCAGGCAGCACAGGAUCUAAGGCCGAGGCAAGCUCAGGCGAUAACCUGGGAAGCAUUUAAGGAAGUUUUCAAUGCUAAGUACUUUCCCCAAAGCUGGAAGGAAGAGAGAACUUGGGAAUUCAUGAACUUAAAGCAAACUGACGAAAUGUCAGUAACCCAAUACGAUGUCAAGUUUACCCAACUAAUCAGAUACGUGCCUAUGUACGAAACUGACGAAAGACAGAAGGCACAAAAAUUUGUGAGUGGAUUAAAAGUAGAUCUACAACAAGCCCUCAGCUCAUGUACCAUCAACACUUACAACGAGGCGCUGGACAGGGCUCUGACCACCGAGAUGAACCUACUGCGUAUAGGACUGAUAAGAUCUGAUGAAAAGAAGAAAGAUUCGAAAGGCACGGAGCAUAAGACAGGAGGGAAAAAUUUCAAAGAUAGCAAGCCGUGUCCCCGAUGCAAUAAAGAACACCCAGGAAGAAAUUGCUCUCAAGGGCAUAUCACGUGUUUUUCGUGCGGCGAGAAAGGACACAAGGAAAAGGACUGCUCUAAGAAGAAAGAUGUUCCUCCAACUGGGAAUCGAACGGGGAUCACAUGCUACUCGUGCAAUCAACCCGGUCACUACGCUAGUGAAUGUCCGAAGAGACAGAAGAUGGAUCAACCCGGGAAGAUAACCAUGACGCCAGGACCUCGUACUGGACGAGUCUUUUGCCUAACAAGAGAAAAUGAAGAGGUCUACCCUGGCUUGGCAAGAGAUGACGAAGAAACCCAUCCGACAAUGACCAAAGAUAUGCCGAGUUAA